UGUAAUGAUCUGCAAGAAACGUCCUUAUAGACAUUUCAUUUUAAUUUUGCAGGGGUCAAUUUCAUGGUUACUUCCUCAACCCAAUCCUCGUUUUCGUUAAAGUCAAGUCCUGCUUCGUUAACCGAAUCAGAUCCUUCCUUGAAACUACCCCAUCCAUUUCCUUAUUAUUAUUCUUUAAUGCUUUUCCAUCAAAUUUCAAUCCACUAUCUGCAGUUUCCCAAAUACCCUAAUUUCCAUCGAUCCAUUCAAUCGCAAAAGUUUUUUUUUUUAAUCAAAGUUGCUGCUUCAAUUCUGGAUUUGAUUUUGUACCUUGAAAACACAGAGAUAAAAACAAUGAAGAAGUCGAAUUUUUUAAGAAGUUCAAAAGAAAUGCUCACCAAGAGCUUCAAUUCCGCCAAAUGUAAGACGUCGUUAAAGCUAGCGUCAUCAAGGUUGAAAUUGUUGAAGAACAAGAAGGAAGUGGCAGUGAAGCAGAUGAAAAGAGAAGUGGCGCAGUUGCUCGAUUCUGGCCAGGACCGGACUGCCCGAAUUCGCGUGGAGCAUGUAGUUAGGGAGGAGAAGAUGAUAGCAGCAUAUGAUCUUAUUGAGAUUUACUGCGAACUGAUUGUGGCACGCUUGCCUAUUAUUGAGUCACAAAAAAAUUGCCCCAUUGACUUGAAGGAAGCAAUUACCAGUGUAGUGUUUGCUUCACCAAGGUGUGGAGACAUACCAGAACUUCUAGAUGUGCGGAAGCAUUUUACUUCAAAGUACGGAAAAGAAUUUAUCAGUGCAGCAAUUGAGCUCCGUCCUGAUUGUGGAGUUAGCCGCAUGUUGGUUGAGAAGUUAUCUGCCAAGGCACCUGAUGGGCAGACCAAAAUCAGAAUCUUGGGAGCAAUUGCUGUGGAACAUGGUGUUCAAUGGGAUCCUAAAUCAGUAGAGGAGGCGGAGUCAGUGCCUCCAAAUGACUUGCUGAAUGGAUCCGGUAGUUUACAGAAGGCCGGUAACAUCCAUGAAGAUCCUCCUCAUUCUGAAGCUUCAGAUGUGAGAACUCCACUCGAUCACGGUAAGAGGCCUAAUGCAUCUCCAAAUAUCCCAGAGCAGAAUGCGAUGUCCUCACCAAGGACACAAAACUUUGUCUCUGCACAUGGUGGUGGCAGAGGCAUAGCACCAUCUUCUAAUUAUCAUCAUGGAGGUGGUCCUUCAGGGUUUAGAGAUGAAGGGUUGGAAGCAGAGCAAUCAUUUCCUGCAGAUGGUAAUUUUUCUGUUGGCCGGCAGAAUUGGAACAUGGAAUUUAAGGAUGCUACCUCUGCUGCUCAAGCAGCGGCUGAGUCUGCAGAACGUGCAAGCCUAGCCGCCAGAGCUGCUGCAGAACUUUCAAGGUUUCCAAGGCAAUAUUCCUCAGAAUCUCAGAGGUCUGAAGUACAGUCAUCAGGAGGCAGUAGAGGACCAGGAAUGUAUGAUACAAGUUCCCGUGAACAGUUUCACAAAGAUUCAUCAACCAGCUCUUUACCUGAUAGAAAUCCUAGGUUUCAGAAUGAAAGGAUCGAUAGUUUGCAACAGGAAGAUCUGGCUAGAGCGAGAAGACAAUUUCAUGAUGAUAAUCAUGGUACUUCAGUAGUUGGAGAACCAGGAAAGUAUGGUACUUCAAGCAUCCAUGAACAUUUUCCUAAAGAUCCAGUGAUCAGCUCUUCACCUGAUAGAAACUCAAGGUUUCAACAUGAAAGGACGGAUGGUUUGCAACGUGAUAAUCUAGCUAGAGUAACAAGACAUCACAAUGAAAGUCAUGGCACUUCGGAUAGGCCUGGGUCACAAGUCUCCUCAGGUUCCAUAGGCUCAAUUAAUAAUGAUAAUUCAUUCUCUAGCCUUGAAGAAGGUGAUAGGUAUAUGCAGAAAAGCUUAUCAAAAGAGGACAGUAGAGACAAAAUGAUUAUGAAGAAUGAUUCAACUGGGAGAACUGAAUCUCAAUCCAUGAGUAGCUUUGAGAAUGAUUCAACUGAGAACUUCAAUUAUUUUGGAGAAAAAACUACUUCAAAAGAUCCCAAAAUCAAUUCUUCUGAUUCUUAUUUAAGCACUUCUGAUUUUGGUGAAAAUAUUCCUCAUUCUAGUCACCGAAGUUUUGGAUAUGAUGCGACUAAUGAUGAUGAUCCGUAUACUGGUGUUUACCAAGGUCAUGUUCCCAGUGAAACCGUUAAUAAGAAUUCUCAUGAUUCUGCCUCUGUUGCUUUUGACGAUUCUGGUUCAGAAGAUGAUGAUCAUAUUAAGUUUGACUCGGAUCCUGUGUAUGAUGACCAGCAGGCCAAACUUUAUUUUCCAUCACCAGAAAGGAAAUCACCUACUUACGACUCCGCAAAUAAAAACUCGUGGAGCUUUCACUAUGACAAAUCACCGGAGAAGUCUCCUUUGUCGUCAGAAAUCUUUGUGGAAAGGCACUCUCCUCAAUUAUCUGAAAACUUGGUUGCCUCUGGUAACGAUUCACGACUAGAGAAUGUUGUGCCAACCUUUGACGAUUCUGAUUGUAUGAAUUCCGAAAGUGACAGCGAGAUGGUCCGCUCCCCGAUUGGGAGGUCAAAAGAUAUUCAAAAUGUGUCGUAUGAACAUGCAUGGAAUCAUGACUCACCAAGAUCCUCCUCCUUGUCCGACAAAAUGGUGUCCGGAGGAGUGCAAAGACAAGUUAAAGGUGAUAAAAGUGACUCACUUAGUUUCAGUUCAGAAGAUGAGCAUAAGCAUAAAAAAUCCCAAGAUAGAAAGGACGACGGCAGUGCCCCAGCUUUGCCCGGGACACAGACAGAUGAUGGUAGUUUAGCUUCUUCAGUUUCUGGUUUCGAAAAGGAAUUGACAUUUGGGAAGUUAACAGGUGGCCUUAAGCACAAAGGUCAUAUCCCUCCACCUUACAUAAGGAGCCAGUUAAAUAAUGUUUCAUCUUCAGUAGAGGAACCUCAGGAAAGUCCCGAGUUGAGGUCACAAGCUGUUGCCCCCCCUAAGAGUUCCGUUGGUUUAGGAGUGAGGAUGAAAAGAGACGAGAAGUCAAGCUCAAGAUUGGAAGGCACCCGUUCUGAUUCAGAUACUGACAGUUCUGGUGAGGAUUUUUCACAAGAGACUUCAAGUUACAGACAAGAAACAGGAAGAAAAGUUAAUACAAAACAUGCGGUCUUACGAGGUUCAACUACAUAUUUUGAUUCUGAUAGCAGUGAUUCCGAGGUUGGUCCUAAAGAGCAAUCUCUUGCUGGUAGAAGUCAAUUGGGUAGUGGAUUCUCUCGUAGGACUAAAGCCUCUUCCUCCAGCUUAGAUACAAACUUUUCCUCUAAGUUUAAAAUGAGCUACGAGGCAGCUGUUAAUACCGACUCGGGUUCAGACAGAAAAUCCAGCAGGAACUCAUUCAGUGCUAAAGUACAGGAAACCCAGAAACCUGUCAUGAAUUCUUAUGUUGCUGAUACACAAGUACCGCAGAGACUGACCAGGAAUUUUUACAGUGGUGAGAUACAUGAAGCCCCAUCAGAUAAAAGGAAGAGUUCGGAGCAGCCCAGCGUUAGACCCACAGUUUCAAGGCCUAAUUCACAGCCCAAGAUCACAUCACAGGAAGGGAGUCGGAAGUCAAGGGUGGAACAACCAUCAAGCUCUACCCAAACGUCAGCAACAUCAGGUAGCAAUGAUGCUCUAAAGGCACCAGCCUCGAGUGGGAACAAAUUUUCCAGAGAGGAUAGUAUGAAUAAAGCUAGUCAUGUACAUCCAAAGCUGCCUGAUUAUGAUGAUAUAGCUGCCAAACUGCAGGCGCUUCGAAUGAAUCCCAAGUAAGAUUGUCUUUUAGCUUUGUGUACGUCAAAAUGGAGACAAGUUUCUUACAGUAUGUUUCAUACCUAAGAGAUUCCGAUACAAUAGAGUAUUUGUUUAUAGUUUGCAAAAAAAAAAACAAUUCCUUCAUUCAUUUGAUAUAACAAUAAGUUUGGUUUAUAUGAAAACUUGAAGUUAUACUGUGUGGACGACUCAAACGUUUUCGUUGUAACUUAUCGAUAUUCAUCUGAAAAUGACUUGCCUUGUACUCCA